AUGAACCCCAUAGCUAUUGAUGAAGACAGAGCUCGGUGGGAGAAGAAUGUCAGCUUCUGCACCCAAACAGUCGACAUGGAAGACGGACACCGCCUCGACCUUACUAUUAGGAUUAAUAGCAAACACUUUAUUGUUACAGUCUUGCCUACCCCUUCCCCGGACGACCCUAUAACACCGCUGAUAUCUCGGUAUAACAAAUCGUUUAUGGAUAACGACGAGGAGCUACAGAAGGCCCAAGAUGAAAUCGAGGAUAUAAUCUACGAAGCCGGAUGGCGCAAGUUUGCUCUCUUGGCGCCUGGAAUCGAAAGAGGAUCUUCAACCCCACCCAUCUCGCUACUUUCUACCCUGAAUCCAGAAACCUUUCUAUUUUCGUCUGGUGGUGGAUCGCGCGAAUGCCCAUCCAACCUACCUAGAUAUUCAGCCCGGGACAUCACGAUCACCGAGAAACUUAUGGGUACUGGAUUCAUCGCGAGAGUCUCUGCCAAAGGGCAGGAUAUGUGCUGCAAGGUGCUGGCCCCUCGUCAAGUCAAGGCGGUGCAGCGUGAAUACGAGUGUUUGAAGAAGAUCGCGGACUCUCAAUACGCCUAUUCCAUCAGCGCACCUAGAUUGAUCGGUUUCGUCGUCGACGAUGACGAUGAUGAGGGGGCGGGUAUUGGGAUUUUGGAAGAGUACAUUCCGCACGUCAUGACUUUGGGACGGUUUCUGAAAAAUAAAAAUACUGAAAUUGUUGCUAUCGAGCGCAGGAGAAAGUGGGCAGAGCAGAUUCAGCGUAACAUUUUGUUGCUGCAUGGGAUUGGCGUGGUGUGGGGUGAUGGGAAGCCAGAGAAUGUUCUGAUUCAUAGUGAGACGGAUGAUUGUUAUUUGGUUGAUUUUGGGGGCAGUUGGACAGAUGGGUGGGUUGAUGCUGAGUUGAGGGAGACGGAGGCUGGUGAUGAACAAGCUCUAACAAGGAUUUUGGGUUUCUUAGGCCAAUCAGGGCUACUUGGGGUGGUCAGCGAAUUUUGUUCAGUCUACCAAGUGAAAUCCGUCGAGACAGAUACACUUUUCCACUCCUCCAAUGACCUCUUCUGUAAAUCCAAUGUACCCUUAACCAGCCCCGCAGCAUCAGCUCCUAACACUAAUCUAGCAGGCAGCUCCUUCUCCUUAAAAGCCUCCUCCCCCGUUAAAGCUGAUGGUGCCAUGUUUCUAGGCGCGCAUGUAGGGGAGAAUGGCGCGGGUGUCUGCAACUACUGCAAUUACUGA